AUGACUUUGGGAAUACAUACCAAUUGUCGACGAGAGUUAGUUGAAUUUUUAACAGAAGAAAUCCUUGCCGAGUGUAAAGCUCAAAAAGAUAAAAAUUUGGUUUCAGAAUUAGAUGGUUUCAAUGUGAAGGUAGAUGAUGCAAAAGUAACAUUAACAAUAGCUUCUGAUGAAGAAAUUAUCAUCAAUGUAUUAUACUGUGAAUCAUACUUUGAGAUAGCACGAAAAAGUACAUAUAAAACUAAGUUUAUUUUUUCAUUCAUUCCGGCGACAAGACGACAAGACAAAAUCUUUGGAAUUGAUGAAAUCACAUUUUUUAGUGGAGAAUGGGAAGAUAAGAAAUACGCAGUUGCUGAUAUCUUAGAUGGAUAUUGUGAUUUAUUAAUGAAUUUUUAAAAGGAGAAAGAAAUCAGUAAUGAAUUUGUUGCAAAAUUAUCAGAAUUAAGUACUCAAUAUGAACAAUGGAUAAAUAUUGAUUUGCUCGAAAAUUUAUCAAAAUUCGCAGCUGAAUUUACUGUAAAGGAAGAACAAGAAACGAAAAGAUAUUUAAAAGAAAGAGAAAUAAAUUAA